AUGGAGGACAUGACCAGAGUUCCUUAUGCAAGUGUUGUUGGUAGCCUAAUGUAUGCUAUGGUUUGUACAAGGCCAUACAUUACACAAGCAGUGGGAGUCCAAAGUUGGUUUAUGGCUAAUCCUAAACGAGUGCGUUGGGAUGCAGUGAAGAGAGUGUUCAGAUAUUUGCGAGGUACUUCCGAGUAUUCCCUAUGUUUCUAUGGUAAUCCUACUGGACCUCAACAUUCCUUGAGUAUUUGUGGGUAUGUAGACUCUAAUUGGACAGGUGACAUUGACAACAGAAGAUCCAUCAGUGGAUAUGUGUUCAGAUUGUUUGGUGGUGUAGUGAGUUGGAUGAGUAAGCGACAAGUUGUAAUCACUUUUUUUACAACUGGAGUUGAGUACAUGGUAGCUACUCAUGCUUGUAAAGAAGCCAUUUGGCUUAAGAAAUUGUGCUUGAAUAUUGGUUUUGAUGUAGGACAUAUUAAUAUCUGUUGUGACAGCCAGUGUUAUUUGUUUAGCAAAAAAUCCUAUUGUCCAUGCCAGAACAAAGCAUAUUGA